GUUGUGAAAACACUUGGGUUCCCUCACACUGGGAAACUGUCUCUGAUCAUGAUGGGGUGGAGGCUGCCACAGGGUGCAAACCUGCGCCUUCUGCUUUUCCACUCACCUCCUGGACUCAUCUUCAGUUGCUAGAAGUGACUGAUGUAUGGGAGGAGCAGACAGAGCAAAGCUGUGAGUGACAGAGCGGUGCAGAGACAGUGCAGCCAGACAGAUGACAGGCCCCGAACUAGAGAAGACAGGCACCGGCCCUCAGCAUGGAGAGGGAGACCAGAACCUCUGAGCCUCCUGGAGCGGGGCCUGACGAGGGCCAAUGAUUGCUUUGCCAGGAGCAGUGGCCAGCCCUAGGGUCAGAGCCGCCUGUUGAAGUCGGAUCCCUGCUCUGUGACCAAGGACAGGAAAGAACCGGAGUGCUGGCUUCCAGACAUGCAGCCUCGGAGCUGACAAUGUCCCCCCAGCCUCCCGCUGAGCUGCUGUUUACUCAACUAGGGCAUGCUGGACACCCUGGGACCUCCUGCUCUCCCCCCUUCCCCAGCCCUGACCAGGCCGGGAGGGCUAUAAAGGUCUCCUAGGACAGACCAGAGAAAGAGACCUCGCUCCUUCUUCGCCAGCUCACGUCAUGGAAGCUUCUGUCCCCACUCCCCUAGGGCUGGCUGGUUGGCUCCGGGGCCCCCUGGGUGCCUGGGGCUGCGGGCGCCCUGUGCAGGGCCGAGAACAAGGCAGAAGAUCCCCAUCUCUCUGGAGACCCUGGCUUCCCACUGCAAAGGACCUGUGCAGGCAGAACAGGGACCAGACAGAGCCGGCCUACGGCAGUGAGAUGCUGGUGGAUGGUGGCUCAGGCAAGGCAUCAGCACUGUUCCGGCACCCCGUCAGACUCUUCUGGCCCCGCUCCAAGUCCUUCGAUUACCUGUACAGUGAGGGGGAGAAGCUGCUGGAGAACUUCCCCGUGCAAGCCACCAUCAGCCUCUAUGAGGACUCUGACAGCGAGGAGGAGGAAGAGGAGGAAGGCUGGGGGGAGGAAGGGCAGGUGGAGGAGUGGGGGCAGCAGGUGGAGGAGUCUGUGUUACGGCAGGAGGCAGGCUGCCAUCAGGGGCCAGCUGGGGUCAGCCAGCCAAUAAAGCUCUGUCUGAAGUGACCCUCACAGUGCCCAGCUCACCUGGGCAAGACUCAGCUGUGGGGAUAAACGCCACACAACCUUCCCCGGUGCUGCCGGUAAAGAAGUCUGCCAGAGACUCUACCCCAAGGUGCCAGGACCCAGGUCCUUGCCAUCCUAUACCAGUGUGUGUGUGUGCGGUGAUGGGGGCCAGAGGGUUGUUUGGAAGCAUUUUCAGGUCUCUCCAUUAGGGGGCACAGUUCAAAUCUGGGGGCUGCAAAACUCCAAGAUGGUCCUGCUGGAGGCGAGAGGCCCCCUUGCCUGUCCCAGGUGAGCAGUCAGCACUCGGGGCGGCUGGGUAAGUGUCUGCCAGGGAAAGGACUCUCCCAUUCCAGACCACGACGCCCCCUGAGCAAUGCCUGCCUAGUGCUGCGGAGUGGGGCUGGGCCGAGGGCAGAGGCCAGCUUGUCCUACUGCACCAGCCCCUUUGGGAGCCGGGUGAGGGGUCUCAAAGAAGAAGCCUGCCCAGACAACGCUGCGGGAGCUGGGCUCAGAGUGAGUGUUCCAGCCUGCUCCCCAUAACCCUGAUGGGGUAUCUGCCCCCACUGGGGGGCGCUGGUGCCCAGGUGGAGCUCAGCUGUGCCCCUGGGUUUUAGUCUGUAUGUUCUGGUGGUUAAUGUACAGCAGGGCAUUGACGAGUGAAAUAAAGUGUG